AUGGGCCCCUGUACCGCCUCCUCAUGCUGCUGCCAGGCCCGUAAUCUGCCAUGGGCCCCCGUACCGACUCCUCAUGCUGCUGCCAGGCCCGUAAUCUGUCAUGGGCCCCUGUACCGCCUCCUCAUGCUGCUGCCAGGUCCAGAGUGUGUCAUGGGUCCCUGUACGGCCUCCCAUUGCUGCUGUCUCCAUCGCCACACUCUGCCAUGUGCCAAUUUCAGGUCUCCUCACACUGCUGGUGGGUUCCAUUUUUUCAUAGGGUGCUGUAUGGCCUCCCAUUGCUGCUGCCUCCACCGCCACACUGUGGCUCCACACUCUGGUUUUGGCCCCGUGACUGCCCAAAUGAGUGAAGUGUGCGGUGAUUCUAAGAUCGACGGCACUCAUCUGCAUGUCAUACUGACUGACAGUAUUAUUUCUCUUCCCCAGCAGACUCCAAGGCAUUUAAAUUAAAGGUACAGUGUUCUGCACUAUUAUAA